AUGGCGAGCUGGAUCGAAGCGACAGCCAAGGUGAUGUGCAUGGAUUCUUCCAGCAUCAUUGAGGGUCAAGUGUACCUAGUUUCUUCACCUAGCACCAGCAUCAUUGAGGGACAAGUGUACCUAGUUUCUUCGCCUAGCACCAGCAUCAUUGAGGGACGGAUGUACCUAGCGGCUGUGAAGGCGGCGGAGCGACAAGCUGCAACGAAGAUCAACGAGGCCCGCGAGCCACCAGCUGGGAGCUCGAGUAGAGUGGCGCCUCUCUCCUGCAGCCGCUUCGCCGUCAUCAAGCCCGUCAUGGGCAGACAGCUGCUGUCAGCACAGGGAGAGGGCACGCGCAGCCUGAGGAAGAUCGACUGCCAAGGAAGACUGUGCAACACAGCCAACAUCGCCUCGAACUCAGACCUCGUCAACAGCUCCACGGUCAGAGGCAUCGGCGAGAGCUGCUGGAGGGGAUGCAGCCCUGCAAUCAUUGAUAACAACCCUGAACAGGAGGCCAGCGGUUCGCGUCAUGCUCGCAAGCACUAUCCCAGCCAGUCAAACAGGAAGACGAGCAGCUCUUUGUGUGCCUAA